AUGACCGUCUACAGCUCUGUUACAGGAGCUGUCUCUUCGGCUCUGAGCCCCGUCACUUCGCAGGCCUGGGGGCCGUUGGUCUCUCUAUGCAAAAACGGCACGCUUUCGCAAUUCCAGAAUCUGAAGCAUGGCAAGCUUGUCGUGUUCGAAGGCGGCUCGAGCAAGGCCUCUGUUGCUUUUGGCUCAGACAAGGAAGGCCUGCCAAUUGCUUUCCUUGACGUGCGCGACGAGAAGUUCUGGGUGCGAUUGGCUCUUUUUGCAGACAUGGGCUUCGCAGAGAGCUACAUGCUGGGUGAAUUCACCACACCUGAUUUGACCAAGUUUUUUGAGCUCUUCAUUCUAAACCGGAACUACCUCUCCAACGGUUCUACCUUCACAUCCGCAAUCUCGUCUGGUCUUGCCGGUCUAGUACGAGGCAGCAACAACCUCAAGAAUGCGCGCCUUAACAUUUCUGCACACUACGACAUCUCAAACGAAAUGUUCGCAGAGUUCCUAUCACAAGAUAUGACGUACUCGUGCCCGAUAUGGCUUCCCAAGUCGAACCCCGCGUCUGCGAGCGAAACACUCUACGAUGCGCAAAUGCGAAAGCUCGACCGCUUCAUCGACAACACACAUAUCAAGGGCACAGACCAUGUUCUUGAAAUUGGCACAGGAUGGGGAAGCUUCGCCAUGCGCGCUGUCGAGCGGACAGGCUGCAGGGUGACUUCUCUCACCCUCUCCAUUGAACAAAAAGAACUGGCGGAAGAGCGGAUACAAGCAGCAGGCAUGUCGGACAAGAUUACGGUCCUUCUGUGUGACUACCGCAGUCUCCAAGUCCCGGAGACGGGACCUUUUGACAAGGUGGUAUCCAUUGAGAUGCUCGAGGCCGUCGGCAAAGAGUACCUCGUCACGUACUUCAAGUGCAUAGACAAGCUGCUCAAGAAGGAGGGCGGCAUAGCCUGUUUCCAAUGCAUCACCAUGCCCGACGCCCGUUACGAAGCCUACGCCAAGUCGGAUGAUUUCAUUCGUCGCUAUAUUUUCCCCGGAGGCCAUUUGCCAGCAGUGUCUGAACUUGUGUCGUCGAUCAACAAUGCAUCGGCCGGCUCGCUCGUUGUCGACAGCAUCGAGAACAUUGGACCACAUUACGCAAAGGCACUGCGGUUAUGGCGCGAAAAGUUCCUGGACAGCUGGGAAAGCACCAUCAAGCCGCAGCUCAUCAAGGAGAAGAGCGGCGAGGGCAUGGACGACGAGGGCGCCGAGAUCUUCAAGAGGAAAUGGGAUUACUACUUUAGGUAUUCCGAGGCGGGAUUCUCGACAAAGACGCUGGGCGACGUCAUCAUC